AUGACUACGAGUCUUGCUUCGUCACCGCAGCAGCAGCAGCAGCCACCGUAUAACAGCCCGCCCAAAACGGUCGUCGGGCGAGCGCUAGGCAAUGAGCUGCAUCCCGAUGCCCACAAGGUCGCGUCCGGCCAGUCUUCGCAUCGCCCGUCCAAGGACGGGGUUGGCACAGCUCUGACGGACACGCCGAUUUCUACCGCCCCCAGCUCGCCGCAGAUCCAUGCGCAACCGCCAACGUCUGCUCCCACUCCCCACAAGGUGCGCGCCACCACCCUCGACAUCCCCGGCCUCACCCGCUCCAAGGUCUCGCCUGAUGGCCGCAUCCCCGAGCGCGAUCUGGGCUCCAAGCUCGUCAUCAUCAUGGUCGGCCUGCCCGCCCGCGGCAAGAGCUACAUCACCAAGAAGAUGGCCCGCUAUCUGAACUGGCUGCAGCACGAUACCCGCAUCUUCAACGUCGGCGAGCGCCGCCGUCUGGUCGCGGGCGGAUCGCCGUCGCCGGCCAAGGCGCGCGCAAAAGAGCGCUCCCAGAGCUCGAUCGACCAGGCGCUGGCCGAAUCCGUCCGCCGCAUGAGCGUCAGCGCCGACACGCGCAGCCCGGAGUCCCAGUCCCCUGAGCGGCAAGAGUCGCUGCCGCCGCCCGUCGUUCCGCCCGCCCAGAUCCUUGUCAACGGC